GAAGGCUUCAGUAAGCAGCCCUCUUUCGGAGUCUACAGCGAUUUCAACGCCUGCAAUGGAAGGGCGUCUUGCUUGUCCCAGAGCACAUUUAAGGAUAAUCCCAAUACUGCCAUCACUUUGAAUAAUUAUAACGUGUUUACGAUAAUUGUGAAUGGAGAAAAAUUUGUGGUACCUGAACAAGGCGUUCACGCAGUCGCCACAUCUGGGAGUUCAUCCAGUAUUUGCGUGGAGGGCAGACGGUUGUAUUAUUUUGGUUGGGUCAUCCAAACUUUCUGUAAUGCACUGCCCACAUCGUCUCGACGUCUGGGCUCAUCCAAAUCUCGCCGAAACUGUGUACGGACUGUGCGGUAGUUUCAACUAUUACCAGAGCGACGAUUUCACUGCACGUGGAGGCAAAGUUCACCCUCUUACCUACUGGCCCCUUGCUUUCUGUCAUUCUUGGUUGGCCUUUGAGCAGCCCAGGUCGCAGUGUUUCGCAAAGUGUGAAAAGUGCAACGAAUUGGCUACAAUCGACCCUUGUCUUGCAUCAGAAAACCAAAGGAAAGGAUACUUAGAUACUUGUAGGAGGUUUCUUUCAGUGGCAGUGCAACCAGAACAAUUCGGUCAUAAUGUAGACACUUGUAUGUUCGAUAUUUGUAUGAUGUAUCAGAGUGGCAAGAGCGCAGCAGAAGUUGAAGAAUGGCUGAAGGAAGUGCAGAAUAUUGCCCGUAUCGGCAAGAAAAUCCUCGAUAACAACAGAGAACUAGGGUUUGAAAGAACAGGCUUCAAACCGAUGGCAGCGCCUGGAGAAGAAACUUUGCCUUGCCUUGAAGUUGACAGUGUAACAAAUAGCGUUUCGACUACUUUCGUAGUUUGGACAAUCUAUGGGGAUGUCACCACAAUUUAUCCUAAUUCUACAAGAUACAAUGUUAUAACUUCUACCUCUGGUAUAUAUUCAACAUAUACUGUAACUGUUACGUCGGUUACUACAUCUCGAGUUGACUCUACUGCAGUGACAACAGCAUCGUCAAUCACUACGUAUACGUUGACUACUACAAGAACUGAUGUAAUAGUUUCUUCAACAGUACUAACCUCUACCACAACGUUAGUUCAGACAACUGAAAUAACAAUUUCGAGGCCCAUAACUACUACAGUCUUAUCAGGAUCUGCUCUUACUACAAUAACGAGAGUAACCACAGUGCUGGAUGUGUCAUCGGUUCAAUUAACCCCAUCAGCCUUAACAGAGGUAGUUAUUGUACAUCCUGUGACCACUGUUUACACAACAUCUACAAGUACAGUUCAGGUAACAACCACUACAACAACUAUUGUAUUGACAAGGCCUACUGUGACAACUGUCAUAUCUAGCACAUACUACACAACUGAAGUUAGAACAUCAGUGAGAGUGUUUCUCACUACAGUUACCUCCAGACCUACAGUGAGUACCUAUUCAACAGUCAAUAUAGUCACAACACUUACCCUUACUGUACCACAGAUUAUCACUUCAAGUGAGUUUGUAACAUUGACAACAUUCACUACCCAGACUAUAACUUCAUUAACUACAGUCAUCCUUCAAAACCCAAUAACCACCACAUUAACAUCACUGACUACAUUAACACUGGUAACAACACCAGUCAUCACCACAUUUACUACAUUGACGAGAACUAAUGUGAUCACAAACACUGAUACAGUGACAAGAACUGAAGUUAGUACAUCUGUUCUUGUUUCCCCAAUUAUUAGUACAGUUACAGCUACUGAAACCAGUGUGACAGUGACUUCUCCUCUGGUGAUCUACACGACUACGUCUCAAACAGUAGUUACCACUACUGCUACAGUAAUAGAUAACAAGGCAAUCACAAUUGUUUCUUUCACUACUGUUACUAGUUUAACUAGACCAGUGACCACCAGUAUCAUAACCUCGAUUACCUUGUCCACUCAAACCCUGACCAGACCGAUAACAACGGUUAUCACUUCGACAGUAAUUACUAAUGUGAUAAGUCAGACAAGAGUAAGUCUAACUACUACAGAUACCACACUCACGACUGUCACAUCAGUAACAGAGCCUGUCUUGACUGUUUAUACGACUUUCACAAGGUUUACCACAACAGCCAUUCUUUCUACCACUACUUUCACAACCCUUGUAAUUACAAGGCCAUUCAUAACUACAAUAACAACCAGUUCAACAUUGACUACAAGUACUAGUUUCAUGACUACUACAUUGGUUACUGUAACCACUGGGACAGUAACAACUAUUGUGAGACCUACAACUGUUGUUUUUACUACAAUGACAAUUGUUACCAGACCUAUUCAAGUAACAACUUUAACUACUAUCACGACAUUGACAAGAACUGCUUUCACUACUGUACUGACAGUUACUACUUCAACCUUCCAGGAUGUAACAAUACCUGUAAUCUCUACGUUUACUACUUUGUUAACUACCUCCACAUUUACCCUUGUAACACUAACAAGGACAACAGUUACAGAAACUGCCGUUCUUACAUUCAGUGCUGUAUAUUCAACUGAAAUAUCUUAUACUACAAUUACUACCACUUACUUUCCACCUCCUUAUGUAUCUACUGUCAUAGUUAGCGCUACUGACACCUCUUUUAUUACACAAACUGCAGUAGAGUCCUUGAUAACAAAGACAACAUUGACAUCUACAACAACAGUGUACACAGUUUCUAGUCCUAUUACUGUAACUACUAUCAUAACUUCAACUACUGUAGAUAUUCCAGCAACAACACUUACUGUAACAAGCGUUUUGAUUUACACAGCCAAUAUUCCAAAACAUAUAACUCAAAUCGUUGGGGUGACAACAUUAUAUACCACUAUAUCUACCCCAGUAACACUUCAAAUUCCUGUAUACAAUGCUAUUAGUACUACUGUAACUAUUUCUACUUACACUACAAUUACAAAGCUUACCACUGUUUUAACACUGGAGAGAACUGGCACUGCUACAGUUACAGUUCCGUAUGUUAGCACUGUAAUAACAACAGUAGUUCAAGAAUAUAUUACCACCAGGCCACAAUUAACUCUGGUAACCCCAAGAACUUUCAGCACUACCCUGACCAUCACAGCACCUUCUAGAAUUACAUUCAGUCUAGCCACUCUGCCAACAGUGGCUAUCUGCCUACCAACUGAUGCGGUUUAUAAAACUGUAGCUAGGCUUCCAGAGCAUUUCCCACUUCCACUUAUUCCUGCUGGGAUACCAUAAUAUGUAUGCUGUUGUCUCAUUAGUUGAACAUGAAACAAUUUGCUAACCACGUCUGUGAUGUGUAACUUUUUGCUAAUAUAAUUUUAUCCAUUUUUAUCUCUGGAGUAGUCCUUUAUUUAUAAUCCUACAGACUUGUUGUAGAGUUCUUUUGAUAAAUAAAUUUUAAGUAACCUUG